CACAAUCUCCCGGCGAAAUUUUUAAGAAAACGACACCGUUCGAGAAGGAGCGUUUUGAAAAUCUCCCGCUGCUAUGUUUUCUUCAGGUCUUUUCAGCUUCGCUCUAAUUAGCCUUUAAUCAUCUUCGUCGUCUAAUCUAAAUUAGGGUUUUCACUAUUAUUCAGAAGAAAAAGAAAAAAAAAGCAGUCAUGGGUAAAUCGAGCAGAUCCAAAGGAUCGCGUAUCAUCGGGAAAGGUGAAGUUACCCCAACUCAAAUUGCGUUUAUCGUCGAUCGCUACCUCUUCGACAAUCGAUUCACUGAAACCCGAACUCUCUUUAGAUCUGAAGCUUCCUCUCUCAUCUCUAACUCCCCACUUCGCCAUGUUCCGAAUAGUUUGAUGACUCUUGAUGAUAUGUUGAACGAUUACGUUUCUCUAAAAGAGCAGAAAGUGACUAUUGAUCAGGAGAGAGUGAGAUUGGAUCAGGAGAAGGUUAGGGUUCAUAAUCUGUUACAGGGGAUGCAGAAUGUGAUGAAUUCUUACAACGCCUCCCUCACCGCUCCUCCUCCUCCUCCUCCGGCUACAGCAGCUCCGGAUUCUCUACAGAAAAAUCAAACUGUCUCUUCUUCUACAGGCUUAACUCAAUACAACAACACUCCAAAUGUUAUGUCAGUGUCACUUCUUGGUAACAAAAGAGUAGAUUUUGGGAAUUUUUCAACUCCUUCGACUACUCAGUCUAUAACCAGGAAACGAAAAGGUUCUCAAGUUUCUGUAGGAGCUCCUCCUUUAACUAGGAAAGCGCGGAUUACAACAGCAAAUGGGACUAAUAAGAUCACACAAACUGAUAAAGCAGCUAACAAUUUCUUAUCACAAACUCCAUCUGAAACAGUGCCAUUAGCCAAAAGCUCUGCAGCUAAUGAAUUGGUUGGUCAUGGGUCGAGUGUGGCCAAGUGUUUGUUCAAUAAGCCUGAUUUGUUGGUUACUACUAGUUCAGCAUGCCUCAGGACACCACAAAAACAUGCUUCUCCUGGAAUUGAUAAGUCCAACAGUCCACAGAAAGAAGUUACUCCUACAAACUGCACGAUUGUUACAAAGGAGAAGUUCACAAUCAGCCCUCUCAAGCAGAUUACUUUUUAUUCAGUGGAAAGAAGUCAUCUGAUUUCCUCUUCUUCACCGGUCAAGUCUAACCCGAAGAUGUCAAAUAAGAGAGACCAUGUGAAAGGAAAGCUCAACUUUGAUAACGCUGAUACACCAAUGUGCUUAGAGGCACCUGCCACUGCAGAUUUGGUUUCAGCUUCUCCAUCCGGGUCUGAGCCAGAAGUUGAUUUAUUUGACAUGGACUUUUCUAAUUUCUUGGGUGAAAACUACAGCCUCUCGGAGCUACUAGUUGAUUUUGAUCUUGGUUGUGAAGGAGGUACAAAUCAUUGCUUGCCACAGGCCUCAAAUGCACCCAUUGAAACUGUUUCAGGGUCGUCUCCUGAAUCAGGGGGUGUUAAUCUCGAGUCUGACCAGGCCUUUUUGGAAUAUACAUCAACUGUGACUGAAGUGACUCAAGGGAAAGACAUGAACAGUCAAGGUGAGUAUUUUCUGGUCUGCAUUUGAUUACAGAUAUACAUUUUGCCCUUUUCACUCAUUAUUGAUGCUUCAUUUUGACCGUUGCAAACUCAUUAUCACAAUGCAAUCAUAUCUCGAGUCCUGGUACUUUCGCUUACUCAUUCUCCCAAUGAUGUGAUCAUACUCGAGAUUUUUAAGAUGUAUUGAUCCUCUCCCUAACUCAAGCCGUUCUUCUCUUCACACAGCCAAGUGUUGAAGGCAGAGAGUGACAUUACAGAUGACUGAUUUUGAAGACUAAGCUGUUAAUGUUUGAAGA